AUGCCGCGCGUCUCCUCCACCGCGCGCUCGCUCCACCGCGAGCACACGUCCACGCCCGCGCUCCUGCGCCUCUCCGCGUCCGCGGCGGCGAUGAACGCGGUGAUCCCCCUCGCGCUCGCCGUCCAGAUCGCGCUCCUCGGGCGUCUCCAUCGGAGUCGCGGCGAAGGCGCGACGACGCAGGCGGCGUUCGGGCUGUGCGUCACCAGCUGCGGCGUCGGCGUCACGGUGUUCAACUUCCUCGUGGACGGCGUCACCGCCAAGGUGGGCGAGCGCGUCGGCGCGCGGCGAUGGCGCGCCGCCGCGGGGAGGGUCCGCAUGGCGAUCGCCGCGGCGCUCGCGUGCGGAUGCGUCGCGACGGGCGCGCUCCUCGCGCUGCGAGAGACGCUCUUCGCGCUCUUCGCGAUCGAGGGAUCGGACGUCGCGGUUCGCGCGAGGACGUACUACGCGUACCGCGCGCUCGGCAUCGCGCCGCAGUGCGUCGCGAGCAGCCUCGGCGGGUGCUUGGGAGGGUACCGACGCGUCCACGCGGCGACCGCGCUGUCGACGACGCGCGCGAUGGUGGAGACGAUCGCGGUCGCGGCGACGCUGACGCUUUCCGCGGACGCCGACGUCGUCAUGCGCCGCAUCGGGAUCGCGUACGUGCUCGUCGUCGUCGCGCACGCGCUGGUCGGCGGCGCGCUCGUGCUCGGGCUGACGCCCGAGGGCGCGCCCGGGCCGCUGGCGAUACUUCCGGCGAAGUGGGCGCGAGCGCGGAGGAGGGGGUCCGACGACGCGGCCGGCGACGACGGCGACGACGGCGACGGCGACGCCCUUCUCGCGCCCGCGCGCGCCGGGGACGACGACGAGACCGACGCGGAGGAGGGAUGGAUGGACUUCGCGUGCGACGGCGCGUCGAUGCUGAUACGCUCGAUCCUCCUGCAAGGUAGCUUCUUCGGCGCGAUGGUCGUCGCGAGCCGAGAGCUGAACGAAAAAGGCCUCGCCGCGCACCACGUCGUGUCGCAGCUGUGGAUGUUAUCCGCGUACGUCGUGGACGGGUUCGCGACGGCCGGGACGGUGGUCGGGAGUCGCCUGGUGGGGAUGGCGGUCGCGGGGGAUGGGAGAAGGGGGGGGGGCGACGCCGACGACGACGACGACGACGACGACGACGCCGACGACGACGACGACGACGACGACGACGACGACGACGACGACGACGACGACGACGAAACCGCCGCCGACGUCUUGCCCGCGCUCCGUUCGGCGUGUCUCCGUCUGCGCGUCUUCGGCGUCGUCACCGGGCUCGUCUUCGCCGCCGCGCUCCUCCUCCUCCGCGAUCGCAUCGUCGCUCUGUUCACGGACGACGAAGACGUCGUUCGAACGCUCGCGGCGCCGGCGGUGUGGACGAAGCUGUCGCUCGCGCAGCCGCUCAACGCGCUCGUGUUUACGCUCGACGGUCUCGCGUACGCGUUUCAGGAUUUCGGGUUCGUGCGCGAGAUGUUCAUCGCCGGCGUGGGGCUCGUGUUCGCCCCCGCGCUGACGUUCGCGGCGGUCGCGCGAGCGCCGAGCUUGGGGGGGAUAUGGACCGCGAAAGUGGCGUUAAACGUCUGGAGGGCGACCGUUUUGUCGAUUCGGCUGAGCGCGUAUUGUCUGACGGAGACGGGGUUCGAGAGCGUCGCGGAGAGGCUGCGGCGGGGGGAGGCGGACGCGGCGAGGAGGAGGAGACGGCGGCGGCGGCUGAUGCGGCGGCGGCGGCGGGCGCGUGUGCGGGGAGAGGGGGGUUUGGAUGACCUCGAGGCGUCGCUGUUGUCGGGAGACGAGGAGGGCGGGUAG